GAGAAAUGCGACAAUUGGAUUAUAUUUCCCAAUUUUCGACCAACAUACAGUUUAUAAAAGGUGAGUCAAAUGUUGUUGCGGAUACUUUGUCACGUUUCAAUGUCGAUGCAAUUUCCUCCACCAAAGGAAUCGAUUUAUUAGACAUGGCACGUUUGCAGACAGAUGAUCCUGACCUUGAUGCUUGUAAACAAAGUUCGAGCUUGUCCUUAAAAAGUGUUCCUAUACCGCAUUCUGACUCUACUAUCAUUUGUGAUACUUCUACUGGAACUCACAGACCUUUUGUGCCAAUAGUGUACAGAAAAAGAGUUUUUGAUUGUCUUCACUCACUAUCCCAUCCAGGGAUUCGUGCUACUGUGAAACUGAUCGCUGAAAGAUUUGUUUGGCCAAAGAUGAAUGCAAAUAUAAAAAAAUGGACCAGGACUUGUGUACAGUGUCAGCGCAGUAAAAUACAUAGACAUACGAUUACAACACCGUCAGCAUUUAGUCUACCCGAACAUCGUUUUCAACAUGUUCAUGUUGAUUUAGUUGGUCCUCUUCCUCCAUCUAACGGAUUCACGUACAUUUUUACUGCAGUGUACCGUUUUACUAGAUGGCCAAUUGCAUGCCCAAUAAAAGAUAUCUCCGCGGAAAAUGUUGCUGCUGUAUUCCUCGAUAGAUGGAUCGCUAAUUUUGGUGUACCUUCUACAGUUACUUCUGACAGAGGUUCACAGUUCCAAUCUCACCUCUUCAAUGAAUUUACCCGCAUUUUAGGAAUCCAUCACAUCACUACAACAGCAUACCAUCCAGCAGCGAAUGGACUAGUGGAACGAUUCCACAGACAACUAAAAAGCUCAUUGAUGGUACAGCCUGAUGUUUCUAGAUGGAGUGAAUCUCUACCUCUUAUUUUACUAAGUAUACGCUCCACAAUUAAAGAAGACCUACAAUGUACUCCGGCACAGCUCGUCUAUGGAGCUAAUUUAACCUUACCGGGGCAGCUAGUG